UUUAUGGUGUUAUAGAAAGGUUUCAAGAGAUGAGUUAAAGAUGAUUCCGCUUAAGUCAGUGUGGAAUAAAUUAACAGCUGAUCCAAAUCGACCUCCUGAGAGAAAUCAACAGUCUCAAGUCAGCGAUAGCCUCAUGAAUGAGUUGGACUUUCAAAUCAAAGAGUUGGAGAAGUUAGAAAGGGAAAAUGAUCAAGAAAAACAACGCAGAGAAACUGGAGUAGAUUACAGCUGGUUGAUUAGUGCUCCAACUAAAUAUUACGAAAUUCCACAACUGGAACGACUAGAACUUGAGGGUUUGUGUUAUCAGGUUAAACCAGAGGAAACUGGCAAAGUUCUGAAUCUGUUUCGUGAUGCGUUAUUUAAUGAACCCAAGCCAAGUGAGUUGUCUCGAAUAAUGAGGGCAUGUAUUCGACAGACCUUGGAGCAGAGACCAAAGGAAGAGUCCCUGGCUGCAUGGGUCACAAAGCGAAGUUUAAGUCUUGGUAGUUUGAGAAUCCGUCCAAUAUCUUCAAAAGUUUCACCAAGUCCUGGAUCUGGAAAUGUACAAGUCGAUCCAGAGAUGCAAGCCACUACAACUGUACCCCAUUCUUACCGAAGUAAUGCAUUCUAUGGUGGCAGAGCAGUCAGUCUACCUGAAUAUAAGCAUAAGUACCCGGGAGGUCAAGAUGUGGACACUCUGCCUGUCUGA